AUGAGUGACAAUAUUGAUGAUUUUGAUCUUCCAAAGAUAAAUGAAAAUGUCAAUUUAGAAUAUGGAGUUUUCCUUGAGGUACAAGAGGAAUGCUCUGUAGUUAUAGAACCUGAACAUUUACAAGCCCAGGCUUUUCUCAAUCUUGAACAAAAAUUUACGUAUAAUGAGAUCAUGCGUCAUGUCAAUAAUGAUAUUCCAGGAGUGUUCUUCAUAGACGGUCCCGGUGGAACGAGAAAUACAUUUUUGUACAAAGCUUUACUUGCUAAUAUCCGUUCAUGUGGUCAUAUUGCCCUAGCAACUGCUUCAUCAGGUGUUGUGGCUAAUAACAUGCCUGGGGGGAGAACAGCUCACUCUCGCUUUAAACUUCCUAUUAAUCUUAAAAAUAACUCGGUCUGCAAGAUUUCAAGACAAAGUGGUAUUACUCAACUGCUUUGGACUGCAAAAGUAAUCAUAUGGGACAAAGCAUCGAUGGCUAAAAGACAUGCGUUGGAGGCGGUUGUCCGUACAAUGAAAGAUAUAACUGGGGUGAUGCUCCCAUUUGGUGGAAAGAUAAUGGUUUUGGGAGGUGAUUUCAAACAAGUUUUGCUGAUUGUUAGACAUGGAACACGAGCACAAAGUGUGAAUUCUAGCAUAUGA